AUGUCGGGCGGGAUGGCGGCGUCCGGGAGGUACGUCGCGUCUCGUGCGGCGCGGCGCGGGGCGAACGGGGGGUUCGCGGGUGGGGUGCCCUGGAGGGUGCCGAUCGUUCGUGCUCGGGCCAAGAGGGCAUUUUUCGCCCCCGUGGCGGCAUCAUCCGCGCGUUCCCGUCGCGGGCGCGUCUUGGACGUCGCGACCCGCGCGGUCGAGCCCGAGGCGGUCACCGUGGACGACGACGAUCUCCUCUUCGGCCUGCCCAAGCGGGACGUCGGAGAGCCCCUCGCCAUCCUGCUCGCGUCGCAGUUCGUCCUCUUCAUCGGCGUCGGCGCGCUGUUGCCCGCGCUGCCCCUGUACGCUCAGAACAUCGGCCUCUCCGGCAGCGCCAACGGCAUCGUGCUCUCCGCCCCGGCGCUCGCCAUGCUCCUCCUCAACCUCCCCGCGGGGAAGCUCGUGGACUCGUGGGGCCGGAAGCAGAUGAUGAUGGCGGGCAUGGCGGUCAUCGCGCUCUCGGACCUCGCCACGAGCCAGUGCAGAACCGUCGCCGCGCUCAUUCCCGCGAGGCUCGCGCUCGGCGCCGGACGCGCCGCGGCGGAGAACGGCGACAGGGCGUACCUCGCGGACCUCACCGACCGGUUCCCGUCCGCGCGGGGCACGAUGAGCGGGUCGCAGCAGGCGAUCCAGGCCUUGGGCCUCGUCAUCGGGCCCCUCAUCGGAGGGAGAGCCGUCGAGGCUUUCGGCGCGCCCACGGUGUUUUUGCUCAUCUCCGGCGCCGCAUUCGCGUGCACGGGCGGGUACUCGCUGCUCCCCGACAUCAACGUCGCCGCGGAACGCGAGGAGGAACGCAUCGCGCUGUCGAUGGACAUGAGCGCGGAGGAGGAGGAGGAGAUGGAACGCGAGCUGGAGGCGAUCAAGGCGAAAAGCGACUGGCGCGUCCUCCUCGCAUCCGACAGGCAGCGGGUCAUCACCGCCGCCGCCGCGGCGAACGCGCUCGGCUUCGUCGCCAAGCUCACGUGCAUCCCGUGGUUCGCGACGCAGGCGCUGGACGCCACCCCGGCGCAGGUGGGCGAGCUGUUCAGCGUCACGGCGCUUCUCGGGAUGGUGUCGGCGCCGUUGUCCGGGAUCAUCGCGGAUAAGAUCGGGCUCAAGGCUGUCGUGGUGGCGAGUUUGGGUAUGUGCGCGGCUGGCCUCGUCGUGGCGCAGGAUUCCUCGAAUUUCCACGAGCUGCAGCUGUGCAUCGGGCUGUGGGGCAUGGGCACCGCGGCGGCGGGCCCGGCGGUGAACGCGCUGGCGCAGGAGAGCGCGCCCAGGGGCGGCGAGGGCGAGGCGUUGACGCUGCCAAAGACUGCCGGCGAUGCGGUGUUUCUCGUCGGGCCGGUGUUCCUCGGCGGGUUCGAUGAUUUCCUUGGCAGCGCGGGGGCGUCGUUGGACAUCGUGGCGGGUGCGGCGGCGGCGGCGGCGGCGUACGCGCUGGUGUCCCUGAAGCCCGUGGGCGAGGAGGACGGGGACGAGUGA